AUGAUGAUGACUGUUUUGAUAACUGAGGAUCUUGGCAGGUCAAUCGAUGUUUACUUAAGGCCGUUGGUUGAUGAGCUUAAGGAUUUAUGGACAAACGGUGUGCACACGUAUGAUAAAGCCACUGGGAAGAUGUUCACUUUGUGGGCAGUAGUGAUGUGGGCUGUGAAUGAUUUUCCCGCAUAUGCAAUGGUUUCUGGGUAG